GAGCGACCGAGGCUGCGGGUGUGCCUGCAGAUAACCCCAGCACAGCCGGCCUAGGGACGACCCGCCGGACCCCUGCUGCUGAGCCGCUGGCGGUCUGAGCCCUGGGCCCCUCCUCGUCUCGCUCCUUGACGAGCCAGCAGGCGGCAAGGGGCGGCCCCACUCCGAGGCCCCGAGGACGUCACUGACGCUCGGUCGAGCCUCCAGCCCGCCCCCGGCUCGCCUUCCCGGCUCUCCUUAGCGGGUGACGCCGCUGCGGCCCCGGGCAUCCAGCGCUCGCACACACUCCCGCGCGCUCCGCCUCGCCAGCUCCUCCCGCACCCCGGUCCGAAGAUGGCGGCUCUCAAACUCCUGUCCUCUGGGCUUCGGCUCCGCGCCUCCGUCCGCAGCUCUCGGGGCGCCCUGCACAAGGGGUGUGUCUGCUACUUCUCUGUCAGUGCUCAUCACCGCACCAAGUUUUACACCGACCCAGUGGAAGCUGUAAAGGAUAUUCCUGAUGGUGCAACCUUGCUGGUUGGUGGUUUUGGGCUGUGUGGAAUUCCAGAGAAUCUUAUAGGAGCUUUACUGAAGACCGGAGUGAAAGAUCUAACUGCAGUGAGCAACAAUGCAGGGGUUGACAACUUUGGUCUGGGCCUUUUACUUCGAUCCAAGCAGAUAAAACGCAUGAUCUCAUCAUAUGUGGGAGAAAAUGCAGAAUUUGAGCGACAGUUCCUAUCUGGUGAAUUAGAAGUAGAGCUGACUCCUCAGGGCACGCUUGCAGAGAGAAUCCGAGCAGGUGGGGCCGGAGUCCCCGCCUUCUACACCAGCACAGGGUAUGGGACCCUGGUACAAGAAGGAGGAUCGCCCAUCAAAUAUAACAAAGAUGGGAGCGUUGCCAUUGCCAGCAAGCCGAGAGAGGUGAGGGAGUUUAACGGUCAGCACUUUAUUUUGGAAGAAGCAAUCACGGGAGACUUUGCUUUGGUGAAAGCCUGGAAAGCAGACCGGGCAGGAAACGUGAUUUUCAGGAAAAGUGCAAGAAACUUCAAUUUGCCAAUGUGCAAAGCUGCAGGAACCACAGUGGUAGAGGUUGAAGAAAUUGUAGACAUUGGCUCAUUUGCCCCAGAAGAUAUCCACAUUCCAAAGAUCUAUGUACACCGCCUUAUAAAAGGAGAAAAAUAUGAGAAGAGAAUUGAGCGUUUAUCGCUUCGAAAGGAAGGAGCUGAAAAAGCCAAAACGGGUAAGCCCGGAGAGGAUGUUAGGGAGCGCAUCAUCAAGAGAGCUGCUCUUGAGUUUGAGGAUGGCAUGUAUGCUAACUUGGGUAUAGGGAUACCUCUUCUGGCCAGCAACUUCAUCAGUCCAAACAUGACUGUUCAUCUUCAAAGUGAAAAUGGAGUCCUGGGAUUGGGCCCCUACCCACUAAAGCAUGAAGCUGAUGCUGAUCUCAUUAAUGCAGGAAAGGAAACGGUUACUGUUCUCCCAGGAGCCUCAUUCUUCUCCAGCGAUGAGUCAUUCGCAAUGAUUAGAGGGGGACAUGUCAACCUAACAAUGUUAGGAGCGAUGCAAGUUUCUAAAUAUGGUGACUUGGCUAACUGGAUGAUACCUGGGAAAAUGGUGAAAGGAAUGGGAGGAGCUAUGGAUUUAGUGUCCAGUUCCAAAACCAAAGUGGUAGUCACCAUGGAGCACUCUGCAAAGGGAAAUGCACAUAAAAUCAUGGAGAAGUGUACAUUACCACUGACGGGAAAGCAGUGUGUCAACCGCAUUAUUACAGAAAAGGGUGUAUUUGAUGUGGAUAAGAAAAGCGGGCUGACACUGAUCGAGCUCUGGGAAGGCCUGACUGUUGAUGACAUAAAGAAGAGCACUGGCUGUGAUUUCACAGUUUCACCAAACCUCAUGCCAAUGCAGCAGAUUUCAACUUGAAACGUUGAUUAGACAUUUUUUUCCAGGAGGUUAAGAUUGAACACAUAGGAUUUAAUUGAAAGGAUGUCAGUAAUCAAAAUUAUAUAUUUAUCAAGAAGUUUUGACUAGUUUUCCUCUAGUAUUUUUGGAUUUGUGCAGGCAUAGACUUUGUUCUCUCACAUGUGUUAUAACGCUUCCAUGAAAAACAAAAGGAAAACUUUCAUCGUGGUCUUCUUUCAAAAGUGCUAUGAAGGUUGUCUUUGCCAUUGGUGCUCAAAUUGGAUGUAUGUUUAUUUUUAUGCUAUGUAUACUAAACCAAGACUUAGCAGUCCUGAAAGACAAUUUUCAUGUGAAUUUGUGAUUAGGCAGAAUACUUUUCUUGACACUGUAUCUUUUACCUUCCUCUUUUUGGAGAGACAGCUCUGAUUUGGUGUUUGCCUCCUUUGAACAUCUUCCUUCCCGCCAAACUUAGAGUUAGUAGAUACCCAAGAAGGCAAACAGGAAUGUCUCUGAGAGAAGUAAGCAGAAGAAAGAACAAGUCUUAGGAUCUACCAGUGAUGGCAUCCCACCAGAUGUUGUUUUUAUAGACAACCAUCCGUCUACCUGUAUAUGCUGACAGCUGAGGCUAAGUAAGGAAGAGGACUAGAAACCUACCGACAUACUUACCUAGUUCCCCGAUUUUAAGACAGUGUGCUAUACCUAUUCAGGAAGACUGUGUCCCUCUAUUGAGUCCCAGUGUUUACCUAUACAACCUUUCCUAAGCCAACAAGAAAUGUGGGCAAUUUAUCAUGAGUCCUUAAUCACAAUGGCAUCGCUGUUUUUAAGAAAAUGAUAUCCCAAGGUAUUUUCCUUGUGGGCUUUCCAUUCUGCUCAGCAAAGAUUCUGAACAUUUCUGACUUUUUAUACAGAACAGCAGUAUUUCUUCUGCAUAGACUAGUUCUCAACAGAGUGCUGUUACCUUAGCCUUAUCUGUGUUGGGAAGAUGAUGCGAAAGUCUCAGAUCUGAGUAGUUAACGGACUCUUUGUGUUGGGGACUGAACAUAGUGGCUUGUUGAACAUAGUGUUUAGAAGGGAUGCUUCCCCAGAAGUAGCCUUAAUACACACAGUUGCCAGGAGGCAUUGCUCCAGAAGCCUUGGUAUCAGGUCAAAAAGCCUAGGUGUCCUGAAGGCAGACUGGAAAGCUGGAAGAAGCAUAUAGUUUUGGUGCUAAUUAAAGGGAUUUAUGCAGGUUUUAGGUGAUGGUUGUCAUUGAAACUCACUUCUCCUCAAGUGUAGCCACAGCUGACUUGAACAGUAUGUGAAGGGGAGACAAGCUUUUCCUCCAUAGUCCACUCUAUGUAGAGCUGCUUUUCUGGCUGGCUGCAUGGUUGAAAGUAUCCUCAGCCAAUAUUUAAGAAGAACCCUUCUUAGAAGGCACAAGGUCCAUGAGAGUACAUAUGUCUAUUUGAAAAAAAUGUUAUUAUUGUUGAUAUUGAUAUGUCCUCAGAUGCACUUGCUUAUCAUUCCAGUCUGUUACUUUAAGACAAAGGGAUUCUAAGAAUGUUUUAAAUAUUGUCAAAAUCUGAAUAGACAACUUAAGAUUCAAAGAGUGCCAUGAUAUUUUAAAAACAUGUGUUAAGUGAUACAAUAAAAUUUGCAAAUUGACAAAGAUGAA